AGUUUGUGAAAAACAUUCAUUGUAAAUUCAUCAUAUUUUUUAACAUAAGAAAAUUUAAUUUCAGUGAAAAAUGUUUAAAACAAAAUGUCAUCAAUGGUACUUAUUAAAUAGAGCAUACAAAUUUAAUCGAAUUGAAGUGAAAAAAAUUUCUUCAAAUUCACCUGAAGUUAAGAAAACAUGCAUGUAUGAUUUUCAUGUAAAAAAUAAUGGAAAAAUGGUAAAUUUUUCGAAUUUUUUACUUCCAUUAAAGUAUGAAGAUUCAAUUGAAAUUUCUCAUCAACAUACUAGAACAAAUGCAUCACUGUUUGACGUUGGACAUAUGCUUCAAACAGAAAUAUCUGGAAAUAAUGCUGCUGAAUAUUUAGAAAGUCUUACAACUGCUGAUUUAAAAAAUCUCAAUCAAGGUGCAUCUGUUUUGACAGUAUUUACUAAUGACAAUGGUGGAAUUCUUGAUGAUCUUAUAAUAACAAAAGACAGUGAGAAUAAAUUUUUUGUUGUAUCAAAUGCUGGUAGAAGAAAUGAAGACAUGGAAAUUUUCGAAAAACGUAAGAAUGAAUAUAAAAUUCAAGAGAAACAAAUUUCAUUGAUUCAUUUCGAUCCAUCUGAAUAUGGACUUGUUGCUUUACAAGGACCAAGUGCAGCUGGCAUACUUCAAUCAUUUGUUGAUAUUGAUUUGACAAAAUUAAAAUUUAUGAAUUCAGUUAAAACUAAAAUAUUAAAAAUGGAAUGUAGAAUAAGCCGAUGUGGUUAUACUGGAGAAGAUGGAUUUGAAAUAUCUUCACAAGGAAAUAAUAUUAAAAUAUUAGCUGAAAAAUUUUUAUAUUCAACUGAUGUUAAACUUGCUGGUCUUGGUGCUAGAGAUUCAUUGAGAUUAGAAGCUGGUUUAUGUUUGUAUGGACAUGACAUUGAUGAAAAUACAACACCAAUUGAAGCAGGACUUGGUUGGCUUGUUGCACGACGACGAAAACAAAAUAGUGAUUUUCCAGGUGCUAAAAAAAUCUUAUCACAAAUCAAAGAAGGUGUUGAGAAAAAGAGAAUUGGAUUGACAUUAGAAAAUGGUCCAGCAGCAAGAGAAAAUACUCCAAUUUUAUCACUAAAUGGUGAAUUUAUUGGUGCUGUAACUUCUGGUGGUAGAAGUCCAACUUUAAAAAAACCCAUAGCCAUGGGAUAUGUUCCACCAGAACAAGGAAAAAUUGGAUCUAAGGUAUUAGUUGAUGUUAGAGGAAAAAUUUACGAAGCAAUUAUUACAAAAAUGCCAUUUGUUCAAACAAAUUAUUACACUGAUAAAAAAACAUAAGUAAUUCAUAUUUUUUAUGUAUUAUUUUUUCAAAAUUUUCAAUUUACAUCAACAAUUAUUGAUGUUUAAUUAGAAAAUUUAUAUCACAAAUUGUUUAGAAAAAAUUUAACAUCAUUUUUAGAAAAAAAAAUCUUCUAUAUGUAAUUCAUAUGAAAUAUUUAUAAAUUUUGAUGGUUUUUUACACAUUUUUUUAAAUAAAUGAUACAAUGAUUUGUUGACAAUUAAAAUAAGAACAAUAUUAUUAGUA